CAAAAAGUUCAAAUGCAUUAUGUACGCGGAGAGUGACGUGUCUUUUUCCCCCAUCUUGGAUUUGGGUUUUUUUCCUUCCCCACAAGUUUCAGUAACAAUUUUCUUCUAGCGUUUAGCUUCAACUCUUUCAAAAGUGUUGUUUACCGCCCAAAAAAUUUGUUACCAUAUUAGGAAAGUGACUAAGAAAAAGCAUAGGCGUUAAUCGAUUUUCAUUUGAAACAAUUGAAAAAAUAGAAGAUGGAAGCGAAGAUUGGGAAAUUCUUCGAAUCAGUUGGUGAUUUUUUCACCGGUGGUGAUCAGAUCCCUUGGUGCGAUUCUGACAUCGUCGCUGGUUGUGAACGCGAGGUUGCUGAUGCUGAGAAAGGUUCCUCGGAUGAACUUAAAAGUGAAUGCAUCAUGCGAUUGUCUUGGGCCCUCGUUCACUCAAAAAGGGCAGAGGAUGUCCAACGUGGGAUAGCGAUGCUUGAAGCUUCCUUGGCUGGCAGUGGGAGCAGCCCACUGCAAGUGCGGGAAAAGCUCUAUCUACUUGCUGUUGGAUACUACAGAAGUGGAGAUUAUUCAAGAAGCAGGGAGCUUGUCGAGCGUUGUUUGGAGGUAGCACCUGACUGGAGGCAAGCCUUGAGCCUAAAGAAAGCAAUUGAAGAUAAAAUAAAAAAGGAUGGAGCAAUUGGCAUCGGCAUUGCUGCGACUGUAGUUGGAGUUUUGGCUGGUGGCAUUGCAGCAGCAGUGGCAACAGCUCGCAAGAAAUAAUCGACAACGUGCAUUAGGUCUUGGUUGAAAUUCGUGUUUGCUACUUAUAUUUGCAACUUUCGUCUUUGUAAGAUUUAAAAGUAGUUAUUGUUGAAUAUUUGUUUAAAAUUAAUGGAAUGAUAAUAAACUAAUUGAUGGGCUCAA